AUGCCUCCAGAUCCUGUGGGCACUCGGGUGACCGGCAUUAUGCAGAAGGGACGCACGAACUCUGAGAUGCAAUGGAUCCAAGAGAGCGGGCAGGACGUCAGGAUCCAGGAAAUGCCUGCAUCUCCUGUGAUUCCCGCGAUAUCUCCGACAGACCUUGCGUUUGAUCCCGGCGUUAGGACUACCGCUGCACCUUUGACUCCGACAGCUGAUGCAUUUCGCGCACUUUACCAUCAUGACUCAGGUCCCAAUACACCGCUCACUUCUUUUUCAUCCGCUUCUAGUCUGGAGGCGUCAGACACAUCUGCUUCAGUUCCUCAUACUGCCUUCAGCUCUGUAGACUCCAUUUACUACCUUGCAAGUCCACGAGACCAACCGACUAGCUACCCAACAUCGACGCAAUCAUCCCAGUUGUGGUCAGAACCCGGGGCCGCUAGCCGUUCCCGUUUUCGACACCCUUCGUACCAAAACCAACCUUCCGACAUUGCGUCUAGGUCCGCACCAGAUUUAAAUGCGCCGCUGCUAUUUGGACCGGAGAACCUAGCAUUCAAUUCGAGAGCUAGCUUUCUCUCUCCUGAAACUCCAAUAUACCCUCUACAUCAACCUGCUCAUUCAUCUCCGUCUCUCCUUGAACAACCUUUUGCAAGAGUUCAUAGUCCUUAUCCCUCUCACCCAGCACAAUGGGGAUCAGCAUUUGGACGGCCAGGACAUCAUGUCAACAUGACGAACAGGAGCGAACCAUUGGAGGAUGUUUGGAUUCGGCAAGGUCAAAAUCAUCCUGUGCAAGUGCCAGGUUCGACUACAAGCAGUCAAGGCACCCUGCCAGGUGCACCUCUCGGGGCUCACCAGCCGACACCCUUUCCAUCGAGUCCUUUCAGACCACCCGUUAGUAUACCUUUUUGGGCUCCAAGAACAUUCCUCGGGACUUCCAUUGCACGAGACGCAAUGCUUGCAUAUGCCCAUCAGCUAUAUAAUGCAUCAACAGACUCUGGAGGGCUCACGUCUAUCCCACUGCCGUCAGAAUCGACAAAUAAUCCGCCUACUGACGCGCAACAUCGGCAACUCUUCAAUCUGCUCAACGCAAUUCGCAGCCAACAUCCGAACCACCUGCCAACGCUGUUGCUCUUGAGCUGCGCUCAAUUCUCAGCCAAGGAAUAUGACCAAUCUCAAGAGACGUGUAAUACUAUUCUAUCUAUGGACCCAAAUUACGUUGAGGCCAUGUCGAACAUGGGGAUGGUCAUGAAGGCCAAGGGCGCCUACAAGGAAGCGGAAGCGCUUUGGAUCAAGGCAAUUCAUCUCCGACCAACUUAUUGGGACGCUAUCGAUAAUCUGGUCCAUGUAUUGUGUGAACCUCAACCCUCUUUGGACGGCAGCAUGCUUGUUCCAAGAUACGACAAAGCCUUGGAGAUACUUACCUACGUUCUCAACAUUCUAAUCCGCCCGGAUGGCCUUAUACUCGUAUUGAUUCCCCAGGCCCACAUACAUAGGCUCCAGAACCUCUUGUUUACUCGGGGAAACCUGCGUGGCAUUACAGGCUCCAUCGGUGCAGGUAUCGAUGACUAUACGACAGCCUUGGAGCUCGUCUUUAGGGCCCCCGGAUCCGUUGAGUCUGGGAUGCCUCUCCACUUGGGAGACGUCGUCAUGGCCGUAACAGUCAUCGGGCUGCUAGCAAGCCACGAUCCCGAGUCACCGGCCCUUAGAGAGAUCAGCCAUGCUUUGUCCAUCGAUUACUCGCGUUUCACCAUGCACAUGCUCGAACGUAGCGUUGAUUGGCUCAUCCUCGUUCAACGUGCCAGGUCACAGCUCCUUGCGGCAUUACUUGAGAUUGGAGAUGGUGCGCUGCCAAUAGUGUUACUCACUCCGGAGAUGGUAGCUCGUAUACCCAGCGCACUGUUCAGUGCAUUUGCGCACAAGCUACCUGGGUUGUGCACUCGACAAUCGUACGAAGAUCUGUGGAGAGCGUCUCCAGCUCUUCCAGACAAUGGAUCAGGGGCAAAAGGUGAUAUCGUGGUCAACAACGCUCACAUUCCUCGGAGUACGUCUCUUGUCAUCAUACUCUACUACAUGGCGCUAGCUCUACACCCAACUGCAUCCACCUACAAUAACCUCGGGAUCAUCUUCUAUACCACCCAAGAUGUUGCCACAACAAUCAACGCGCAUGGACAGCGAGAGUUCAUUACCGGAUCUCUGCUGGCGUUGCAGUACUACAAGAAGGGGCUCACGCUCGACCCAAACCAUCCGCAUAUUUUGACCAAUUAUGGUUCUCUUCUUAAGGAUCAAGGCAGGUCUCUCGACGCCAUCAGCAUGUACAAACGAGCUUUGCAAAUCAAACCCGACUUUGAGAUUGCACUCGCCAACAUCGCGAAUGUUAUCAAGGACACUGGAAAGAUAAAAGAGGCUAUCGAGUACUAUCAGAGGGCCCUCCUGCUUUCUUCAUUACUCCCAGAUGUCGUCUGUGGAUACGUAAAUGCCAUGGCUUCUAUAUGCGACUGGAGGGGUGGCAGAGGGGCGAUCGGAAAUGAGCCAAUUGUUGACGAUCACUUUCACCUGAUUCAGCGCUCAAGCAGGGACGACCGCACCCCCAGCGGGUGGAUGGGUAGACUGGAGGAGACUGCUAGGAAGCAGCUCAACGAGGUAUAUGCCGCGAAUUCUGGACUUUUGCGCAGAUUUGGCAGCCCGGAAUACUGGUUCAGUCUUGUGGAGACAGCAUAUGGUGACGGAAUAACGGCAGGCGAACGACAGAAGUGGACGUUUCUUAUUGGUUACUACUAUACCGAAUUCAGCCGCACCGAGAAAGCUGUUAACGAGCUGGCCGUAAUCAUUUGCCUCAUGGAAGCUCUAAAUCGAGUGCUUCAAAGACGUUGCUAUGGAGAAACCCUCGAUGGAAGAGCAAGUAAUGUCGGAGAAAAUACCAACCUGUCCUCCGGUCACUACCUACGCCUUCGCCUUCCUCGGGCUUUAGGUUCACCAGCGGUACCCGCUCUGCUUCCUUUUCACUGCUUUCCCCAUGCCCUUGAUGUCCGGGUGACUCGCUUGGUCGCUCAUCGAAAUGCCUUGAAGAUAUCCUACUCCGCAUUGACAUCAUCUUGGUUACCUAAGGCUGUGCACACACCCCCUCCCCCUCCCGCAGGACGAUUGAAUAUCGGAUACGUAUCUAGUGACUUCAACAAUCAUCCACUCGCUCAUCUGAUGCUCUCGGUCUUUAAACUGCAUGAUCGCCAACGCUUUAGAGUGUUCGUGUACGCUACUUCGGUUUCCGACAAUUCCUAUUACCGACAGCGUAUCGAACAAGAUGCUCAAAUCUUUCGUGACGUAUCCAAGCAAUCCACCGAGUUUAUCGUAAACCAAAUCAUCAACGAUCAAAUCCAUAUCCUAAUCAACUUGGGAGGUUAUACAAGGGCAGCGAGAAACGACAUUUUUGCCGCAAGACCCAGUUCGCUACAAGUGUCAUUGAUGGGUUAUGCCGGCACGUCAGGGGCUUUUUGCGAUAAGCAAGCAUGUCCAAAGGAGGCAUUUGGCUCGUAUCGCGCUGCAGUUCGGAGGCUCAGACGGGAGUACGAGCCUGUAAUUCACCAAGAUGGAUCUCUGCGCGAGGUUCUCGAGGAGUAUGUGGACCCAGAAUCCUUGGACAUGAGUUGGGCUUUGACCGAAAAGUACAUCCAUUUACCGCACUCUUACUUCGUCACCGACCAUCGGCAAGCCUUUCGCGAGGAACAUCUCGAGCCACAUUUGGAUCCAAACCAAAGGUGGCUGACAGAGGAGAAGUUACGAGCCAAGCUUCGGCAAGAGAUCUUUCCCGAUCUCAAUGAGAGCACAGUGAUAUUCGCCUGCUUCUCUCAGAUAUACAAAAUCUGUCCAGCCGCUUUCAUAAUCUGGAUCCGCCUUUUGCAACGAGUACCAAACAGCAUCCUAUGGCUCUUGCGGUUUCCCGCUGCUGGAGAGGAGCACCUUAUGAGGACUGCGCUACUCUGGGGUGGUCAUGAGAUUGCCUCUAGAGUAAGGUUCACAAAUAUUGCUCCCAAAGAGGCUCAUAUUCGGCGAUGUCGAGUGGCUGAUUUAGUAUUGGACACCUUUCAGUGCAAUGCGCACACCGUUGCUACCGAUGUCUUGUGGUCCGGCACGCCACUGCUUACUCUGCCGAAGGAGCCAUAUAAGAUGUGCAGCAGGGUCGCGUCGAGUAUCGCAUUGGCAACAGGGUUUGGAGAGAGUAUGAUAGUGGCUAAUGAGCGCGAAUACGAGGAAAGGGCCGUAUCCCUGGCAUGUAGCAUCUCUUACCGGGACGAAGUGAAUUCGGACGGUACUACAGACCGUAGAGGUGUAGGAGAGCUCAUGGAGCUGCGCAAAAACCUGAUCCUCAAUCGGGAUAGGAUGCCCUUGUUCGACACCGCUCGGUGGACACGCAAUCUCGAAAAGGGAUUCGAAGAGAUCUGGCGGCGCUGGGAGGACAGCUGCAAGCCACCCUGGACCGCGAAAGAUGAGGAUGGAGGAGUCACUGUAUCUGAUAGCCAGCCUUUCUUUAGUGGAUAA